AAGCUAAAGAGUUUCACAAAAAAGUACUGGAAAUUCGAAAAAAUUCUUUAGGUCCAAAUCAUAAUGAUGUCGCUGCAUCUUUAAGCCAUCUCGGUUUGGUUUAUGAUAAAACAGGAAAUCAAGACAAAGCUAUAAAGUAUUUUGAAAAACCUCUAGAAGUUCGAAAACUGAAUGUGCCAGGUGAAGACCAUACUCACGUCACUUCGUCUUUCAGGAAAUUUCGUACGAUGUACAAAGAAACUGAAAAAUAUGAGUCUCAAAAAACUCAGAGUAAAUUUCUAGUUCCAAGUCAUGCUCAUGUUUCCCUGUCAUCAAAAUAUUUUGAAAUCACAAGUGGUGAUGAUGCUAAAGCUAAAGAUGUCGGAACUUCUCCGUGUGUCGAAAAUACAAUACAAGAAACCACAAGUGGUGAUGAUUUUAUUGCCGAAGAUGUUGUAAUUUCUCAUGGUGUUGAAAAGACAAAACAAGAAUUGGUGGAACUAGAGUGGAAAUGCAUUGAUAAAUCAACGAAACAUAGAGAAUUGUUUUCAAAAUUGAUUAGAUAUGGACGCAAUUCCAGUGUUGAGGUUAAAGUGGUGGGCAAUGUGCGUGUAAUUUUCUCAAACGAGUUUUGCAUUGGCAAAGGAAGUGAUGCAACCCGUGUUUAUCUUGGACUGGGUAAGGAUGGUUACGGUAAAGCAGUGAAACGAAUACAUCGAGAUAGCUACAUCCAGAUUGCGCUGCACGAAAAAGAAAUUUUGAAUAAAUUCAACGCAAGAAAGUCGAAAUAUGUUGUGAAUUAUUCUUUCCUAGAGGAAGAGACUGGAACAGAAUAUGUAUAUUUGACAUUAGACUUAUGUGAAGAAUCAUUGGAGAGUUUCGUAGAAUCUUCUACUUUAUAUGAUCUUCAAAAAGCUCUUCCCAAAAUUCUUAGACAAAUUUUGCAAGGAUUAGCUGAUCUUCAUAGCGGCCCAAAUCCUAUUCUUCAUCGUGAUUUAAAGCCCUCCAAUGUUCUCCGAGACUCACAAGACAACUUUCUGAUAGCUGACUUUGGCAUUAGUCGAAUAUUGAAGGAGGGUUCUACUACUUAUGAAAGCAAGCCUAACAUGGGAACUGAGUAUUGGAUUGCUCCUGAAUCAUAUUGUGAAGAUAAAGAUACAGUCGACAAAGGACGGUACAAGAAAGAGUCUGACGUAUAUAAUGCAGGAUUGGUAAGUUAUUAUAUUGCAACAAAAGGAAAUCACCCGUUUGGAACUAAACGGCAUAGAUUGGACAAAAUGUUAAAAGGACACCCUGUUGGCUUGGACGAAAUCAAGGAUGAAGCACUAAAAGACCUUCUGUCGUGGCUGUUAAACCGAGAACCCGAAGACAGGCCAUCAGCUACCGUGGCGUUAAAACAUCCAUUCCUUAUGUCGGAUGACGAGAAAUUUGACUUAUUAUGUAAAGUUGGAAAUCUUCAGCAGAUUAAGACAAACGAUCCCCUGUGUAGUGUCGUUCAACAUUUGAAUAGUGAGUCCUCAGAUUGGAAAAGUAAAAUAGACAGUGAUGUUUAUGAUUAUUUUAGAACGGACGUGGUGACUGGAAAGAUUUUUACAUAUGACUCUUCAUGGACAGAAUGUUUAAGACUUAUUCAAAAUAUUGACCAGCAUUGGAAGGAUCUAACAAAGCGAAAACGAAAACCAGAACCAUUUUAUAAGAUUGGCGAUUAUAGGGCGUAUUUUCUCCAAGCAUUUCCUAAUCUUCCUGUUCGGGUACAUGCUGCUGUUAGGUCAAAUGAAGAAUUGAAGAACGAGCCAGAACUCAAGAACUUUUUUCCUUUUGAUGAAUGCAAACUACAACAAAAAAAAAUUUAGAUACAACAGAACCUGCUGGGAGUAAAAAGUAGCAAUUAAGAAAUCAUUGAUACUGUUGAGAUCUUAUUUUAUAGAUAUAAAGAAAAACAGUUUCCACGACGUAUUUAGAUGAUAUUUCACCACAUAUCAGUGCAGCCAAGCAUAAAAGUUAACUUUUAAACAUAAUAAACUCGUAUACGAUAAAUAAUUGUUUUUCUGAAAUCAUUAUAAUUACUAAAAGUCUGGCCUUGAUGUUUUUGACUCUUGGGAGCACCUUAUCGUAUGAAACUGACCAUUAGAAGUUGUGCAUAAUUCCAUAAGUAGAAUCUUUUGUGUUUUACUAUCUCACAUUAAUUGCGUAGCUGUCAAUAUAAAAUAGUUGAAUUAUAUAACAUUUUCAUGAAAUUGAAUAAGUGACAGCAUUUCGUCUAAUGUUUUGUGUAUGAACUCAAUAUAUUUGAAUUAGUUUUACAUAAAAAUAUUCAUAGUUGUCA